AUGGUCUCUGCAGAGGUAAAGAUACCUUUAAGCAUUUUGGCAGUCCUUGUUAUGUUCACUAAUGGCGUAGUUUGCUUUCUGGUGUGUAUCAACAAAAAUUUAAGGACAUACACAAAUGGAUUUAUCGUUUCAUUGGCGGUGUCUGAUAUCUUGGUAGGGGUCACACUAUUUCUUCAGUACGCCCUAUCAGUAAAAGAAGCAGUGACCCUAAAUAUCUUGUACACCACAGCUUUAGUUGGAAGUGUGGCAAAUUUGAGCGCUGUAACUUUCGACCGAUACGUCGCUUGUAUGAGGCCCUUCAAUUACGCGAACACUAUCGUCAAGUCUUUUUUCCCAAUCGUGGCAUUUUGUUGGAUCAUGGCUGUGGUCUGCGCAGUUCUUCCACUCUCUUGGACUGACAGCGAUGUAGCAGGCUUUGCUCUGAGAAUUUAUCAGAUUUGUAUUCUCCUUCUGGGUAUUGCGAUACCUUAUGUCUGCAUCUUUAUCAGCUACGUGCGAAUUUCCCGCCAAGUUCGUAAAAUUGUAACGAGAGAGAGAAAACUGGUCAGUUCCGUAAAGGCAUGUCCCAGAGCAGAUUUAAGAGCAAGGAGGGUGUCCUCGGAGGCAAAGGUUACUAAAGUGUUCGUUGUAAUAGCCGUAAUGUUUGUUUUGAGCUGGUUGCCAAUUAUAUGGACUACUUUGGUCUACGCACUUGGGAAGCCGCAGCUAUUGCCCAAGCACGUUGCCCUACUCUCGCCAUUCACGCUAGCCUUUGGCUCUAUUGUAAAUCCUUUACUGUAUUCAUUCAUGAAGCCAGACUUUAAGUCUGUAUUUAGGAAACUUUUUCAUUUGAACAAAGUGCCGCAGCGGUCGCGAAGGGAACAGCAUCUUUCACGGAAUAACACGAGUGAAUUUCCUGCCCCAAGCGCUGUAACAACUCCUUCCACAUUAAACUUGCAGUCAGUGGCGCUAAUAAAUAUUUCACAGAUCUCUGGUUAA